AUGGAUUCGCCAUGGUGGAUUAUUUGUUUAGUUUUCGGAAACCUUGUUCUUGUCCGAGCCCAACUUCCUAUGUACCCAGGAUCUGCUGUUCCACCACCAUGCCCUAUCAUAGUGCCUAACAACUGCAACGGGAACGGCUUGAAUUCGAUUAUGCCUAUUCUUCUACUGCUCCUGCUCAGUGACGGUUUUGGCGGGAAUGGCCUGGGCGGCGGUUGCGGCGGCGGUUGCGGCGGUGGUUGCGGCGGCGGUUGCGGCGGCGGUUGCGGCGGCGGUUGCGGAGGCGGUUGCGGAUACGGCGGCAACGGAUGCGAUUACUGCGGCGGAUAUAACCCACCUUACCCAAUUCCUUAUUCAGCUAACAGCCCCUGUUUUAGAUGUCAAUCUUCUUUUGCUGCCAGUUCAGUAGCCGUAUCAGAAACGGUUAACCAGCCAACAUUACAAAACAGAUUCACCAUACCGGCGGUGAUAAAGCCCGUGAUCACCUACGACACCAGCAAUUUAGUGACACCAAUACCAAAAGUACCUAGUUACAACAUACCUCCUUUACAACAACCACUAACCUCACCAUAUCCAGUACAGGUAGUUUACGACAACGCUUCCGGUGGUAGCAACAACAAUAUCUUAAAUCUUAUAAUUCUAUUAAGUCUCCUCAAGAAUAAUGGUAAAGGCAGCAGCUGCUGCGGUGGUUGUGGCAAUGGUGGUUGCGGAGGUAGCAGUUGCGGCGGCUGCUACAGAGGUAGAUAUAACAACUACGAAAACCCUUACGGAAAUUACCCUUACGGAAACUACGAAAAUGUUUACUGCGACAACGGAUACUAUUCUCGAGAUAUCGAGAACCUAAAUGCGCCAAUUGAAAUCAUCGUGAACGGUGAUGGUUACAUAGAGGAGCCGGUGUUGCCUAACCCGUCUUAUUCGAAUCCAUAUCCAUUAAUCAAGGCCAGUCCAGGAAAAAGUGCCAAUGAAAUCAUCGUCACUAUAACGACAAAUUACCCUUGCAAUGACAAUGCAAUGGUAAACGAAUACUAG